UAGAUAGAUGGAUGGAUGAAUCUGAUAAAAUAAAUUCUAGCACGCGUUCAGUCUGCGAUAAACGGCGAAAGAAAACGAAUGCUAAAGCAAAUAACGGUAACAUACGAUAUUUCCAACCGAAAAAUAUGUGUAAUUGAAAUAGCGAAAAAGAAAUCCUAUGACAAAAAGCAAAAUCAAAAUAAAUUAUAUAUGUGUAUAUUUUCAAAUUGUCAUACAUAUUUAAAAAGCAACAAGAAGAAAAAAUGAUGUCUUCUUGUUUGUGUGAGUGUGUCUAGAGGGUGCUGUUGUGAUUUUUGUUGCCGUUGUUGUUGAUUUUAAUAAGUGUCUUAUGCAAAAUUUAAGUCUGUGCAUUUCGAGAAAAGAGAGAAAAAAAUUAAAAAAAAAAAAUAUUAAAAUUCACAACGACAUUGUUGGCGCUGACAAGCAUUUAAUAUAUAUCAACCAACUAAACAAUACAACCAACAAAAGCUCAUUAAGAAGGCAUUCAAUGGAAUAACAAACACUGUCAAUGUUUUGGAACUGAAUCUUUCCACAAAGACUCUUUACAAAAAGUUUCCCUAUGGCUUCUUAUGUUACUGCUGUUAAAAAAUAAGGAGCGCAAAAAAAAAAAUCCAAUAUAACUUCGAUAAGCACGAAUUGCGAAUGGUCUAAUAACCAUAAUAAUCAAACUAACAGGGCGCUAAAUUCGAAAAAGAAAACAAAUUUUUGAAAGACACCACCUUCAAAGGCGAAUGCGAAAUACUCAAAAAGCUCGUAAAAAAACUAUAACCUCUAGCUGAAUGGGAAAAUUAAAAGGAAAAUUGAAUUGAAAAUUUUGGAACAUUUGCAAAUGGUCGGGCCAUUGCCACGUUGGAAGCAACUUGCAAUGUGUUUUGUAAGACUUAGCCCAUCGGUAGUAACAACAGCAACUGCAUAGCAAGCAAAUUGGGAUUUCAAUGAUGAUGCUGCCGCCCAAAAGAGCCAUUGUCUAAAAACUACAGUUUUCGAGCAGAAAUUUUUCCAUAUCCCCUUCCAAAAAAAAAAGACGCAGAAUCUAGCAAACAAAACAAGAAAAUUGUGUAGAAACAGUCACAAUAGCCGCAAAACUAUCAUUAGCGUCCUUGAACACACGAAAGCACUCACGCACACACACACACACACACAUACCUACACAUUGAAUACCCUUUCUGCCUUUCAACAAAGCAAAUAGCUUAAAUCCUUGUUGUGCUGGCACCACCACCACCAAAAAAAAAGUCCUGUGUCAAGCUUAGACGCUAUACCAUACCCAUUCCAGCUAGCAUAAAACGGCCACAGGCUUUAUUAUCAACGUCCUCGUCAGCGUCGUCAUCAUCACCAGUACCACCACCAUGGUUCACAUCAGCGAUGAAACUGUUGUGGAAGUGCGUCAUGUGGUGCAACGGAUAUUGGUCCCUUGCAUUUUUGUUAUUGGCGUUUUGGGAAACUCUGUCAGCGUUUAUGUUUUGACAAGAAAACGCAUGAGAUGUACCACAAAUAUUUAUCUAACAGCUUUGGCCAUAACGGAUAUUUUCUAUUUGACCAUGGGCUUGUUGCUAUCCUUCCAACAUUAUCAAUAUAUACACCUACAUGCGAGAAUCUAUUGGGAGCUCUUUGGAACAUUUAUGUGGCUGUGUGAUGCCUGCGCCUAUAUAUCAAUUUACAUAGCUGUGUGCUUUACCAUCGAACGAUUUAUUGCGAUACGUUAUCCCUUGAAACGUCAGACAUUCUGUACGGAAUCGUUGGCCAAGAAAGUUAUUGCAGGUGUGGCCAUAUUUUGUCUUCUUUCCACAUUGAGUACCUUCUUCGAACAUGAGGCCGUGGUACAAUAUCGUCUGCUGGAUGCAGAGGGUAAACCUUGUCAGUUAAAGGCAAUUAAAGAGGUUACACAGAACAUGGACAUAACUUUGGAUUCACUGAACCCAGUGGAGGGUAGUGGAGGCGAUUUUUUGGUAACAAACACUGAGGAUAGUGUGCAACGUUUAAAAAGAAGUCUUCAAACGCAAACAAAUGAAGCUACCCCCACUUCAAUGAACAUUCCCUCCUCAAUGGCUCCUUCACCACAGUCCUUAACUUCACCUGGGGAAGACUUCACUUGGAAUGUUGCACCCUUAAAUCGCGGAGAAAAUAUUAUGGAACCUCAAACGAUGGCUUUCGAUUUGAUAAAUCUCAAUCAAAAUGAUAGCUGUAAAAAUGUAACCUAUUAUCAAAAUGGUCCCGGAGUAUUGGGUCUAAAUGAUGUCUAUGAUAAUAUAUGGUCCUAUGUCUCUCUAAUUGUCUAUGUCAUAGUACCGCUUUGCGUUUUGGCCACCUUCAAUUGUUUUCUGGUGGUGAUGGUAAGACGAUCCAAUACUUUGAGGGGUAAGAUGACCAAUGCCAGCAGCAUGCGAAAGCCCAAGGACAAGCCCAGCACUACUUCUGUCUCGCAGGAAAAUCGUGUCACCAUUACUCUCAUAGCCGUAGUGGUUUGUUUCAUUAUCUUCCAAUUGCCCUGGGCAGCCUAUUUGAUUGUGAAAAUUCAAAAUCCCGAUUUGGAUUACAAUUUGCAAAGGGUUUUGGGUAAUGUGUUUAAUUUUUUGGCUGCCUUGAAUGCGGCCGCCAAUUUCUUCCUUUAUUGUGUACUAUCCGAUAAAUAUCGGAAAACGGUAAGGGAACUUAUAACGGGACGCAGUAGUCAUCGCCAUGAGCGUGGCACUCUAACCACCACAAGCCUGAUGUUCAACAAUACCAGCCGUUGCAGUUAUAGGCCAGCGCCGUCGGGGAUCAAAUGAGAAAGCGUUUAUGGCAAAGCCUACUAAAGGCGGAAUUGUUUUAAAGCCCUUGAUGGAAUAUCCACAAAGUUCCUUACAAGUCAUCCCAAAGGACCUAAGAAAUUAAUUUAUUUAUUAAACAUUUUUGUUAUGCUUUCGUUAUAAGGUGAAUUAAAAAAAACUACACCGUUGUGAGAGCUUCUGAUGUUUAAUUUAUUGUUUUGAAAUUGGUUGUGCCAUUUUAUGGUCAUCGUAGGCGAAGAAUGGCUCUAAAGUCAAUUUUAUUUUAGUCUCUUUUUUUUGUUUAUCUCUUAAGGCAUACUAUAUUAAAGUGAGUGUUUUUAAUUUCUAGGGUUGUCUUUGUAUAAUUUUUGUGUAAAUUUAGAUUUAAGCGAUGAAGCAAGGGAGAAGAGCGAAAUGUGAACAAUGUAUAAUAAACCAAAAAAUGUUGUAUAUAAAUAUCCAAAAAUGAAAUCAAAGAGUUUUUCAAAAAACAAAA